AUGGCACACCAGACACCCCAUGGCCCGACGAGUGCCACCAUCUCCAUCACUCUCAGCCAUGGAGGUAGCUCCCACACUAUACAGCUUCCUCAUGAUGCCACCAUCACAGACCUUGCGACAGCCGUCCACGUGCAACUCUCCAUCCCGCCCACCAACCAGAAGUUCCUCCUCCCAAAGCUGGGCCUGUUGAAGCCCCCCUUCAAGAACCCCGAUCUGCCCGUGUCGCAGCUCGACAAUGGUAAACCGAUCAAGCUGAUGGGCGCCACCGCCUCCGAGGUCGCAUCGAUGAGCUCUGCGUCGCAAGCAGCAUCCGCUCGCCAGGCGGCUUACGCUGGCCAGCGCCGCGCCCAGCCCAAAGCCUUUACGAGUCGAACGCCCGCCCAACGGCAAGACGAGGCCACGUACACCUUUCACGACAUCGUACCACUUGCGCACUUGCCCAGUCCCGAGCGCUCGCUCGACUUUCUCAAGCGGCUCAGUAGGGAUCCCGGCAUCGUGGCCACCAUGAAGAAGCACAAGUUCGCCGUUGGCCUGCUCACCGAGAUGGACCCUCUGUCCAACACCGAGUCGAAUCACGAGGGCACCACUAGGCUUCUGGGCUUGAACCGCAACAGAGGCCAGGUGAUCGAGUUGCGGCUGAGGACCGAUGCCUACGACGGCUACCGCGACUACAAGACCAUCCGGAAUACGCUGUGCCACGAGCUGACCCACAACGUGCACAGUGACCACGACCGGAAGUUCUGGGAUCUGUGCCAUCAGAUCGAGAAGGAGGUCGCCGCGGCCGACUGGAAGUCCGGCGGCCAUCGCGUAGCCGAAGAAGAAUACUAUGAGCCGAGCGAAGAGGUUGCGUACGACCAUGGCGGAUGGACUGGAGGAGAAUUUGUGCUCGGCGGCGGCGGCAACGCUGGUAACACAAGUGGCAGUCCGCUGAGCUCGAGGGAAAUCAGGGCCAAGGCCGCAGAAGAGAGAGCGAAAAGACUGGAAACCCAGAAGAAAGACCGAGAACAACAGCAAGAACAACAGCAUGAGGAUUAA